AUGAACUCAAUUGAUAAUGAUGAAAUGAAAUCAACUGUUUUGAUUUCUACUGAUCAGAUUCAGCAACAACAAGAACCAAUAAUCAUUGAUCUUGAAAACGAAUCCACGUCAACAUCUCCAUUUAUAUCUUCGUCAAUUCUUGUCAAUGACAAUUGUAUUAAAAAAACGAAUCAAAUUAUACAUGUUGCAUCAUCGGAACCAUCAUCUUCGAAGCAAAUAAAUAAUCAUCGUACAAUGGGAUAUUUAUCUCGAUGGGAAAAAGAACCUGAAACAUAUUAUCGAACUAUGAUUUUGAAUUCAUCAGGUGAAUUACAGGAAAGCCGUCAAUGUUGGCUUCGAAAAAAACAAGAUGAAAAUGGAAAAAUUACAAUUGGUUGUUUUCUUUGUAACAAAUACCAAAUGAUAAAGAAUGCGAAUGGAAAAAUAAAUCCAUGGGCAACGUAUGAUUAUUCAGUGUUAGCAUUAAAUAAAAUUAAAGAACAUGGAUUAUAUAAUGAAAAACAUAUUGAAGCUCAAGAACUUGAAUUAAAUAGUAAAUCUAAAAUUCAGCCUGAUUGGAAAACAACUCAAUCGAUGAUCUACACAAAACAUCAACAAUCUAUUCAAAACCUAAUGUUUACUGCUAUUUUUAUUUGUCAACAAUAUCAUCCACUUAAUAGUUUUGAACCACUAUGUGAUCUUCAAGAAAAGAAUGGAGUAAAUCUACUUCCUGCAGAAGUAUCUGGUAUUAAUUACAGAAAUGAUUGUGCUGCUUUGUGUUUUCUUCAAUAUACUGCUCGAAUUUUACAUCAAGAAUUAGUUGAAAAAUUGAAUCAAAGUCCAAUACUAGGUUGGUUAAUAGAUGAAUCCACGUCUCGUACUUGUGAAAAAAGCUGCAUCGUUUAUGCUCGUUAUGUGGACAAUUACGAACAAAAAACUGAUUUUUAUGGUUUAAUAAAUAUGAAUGGAGAUGGAACGGCUCAACAUAUUGUUGAUAAACUAGGUGAAUUAUGGGAUGAAGAUGGAAUUAAGAUGAAAAAAACGUGUUGGUUAGCUACAGACAACGCUUCAACUUUUACCGGAAUUCACAAUGGUGUUGCAGCUAAAUUGAAAAAAAAAUAUGGAAUUGAUUAUCUUGAAUUAAAUACUUGUGCUGCUCAUUCAUUUGCACUAGUUGGUAGUCAUGCUGGAAAAGAACUUGUUGGUGAUGGUACAAAUCGUGUUCGAACUCGAGAAGAUGUAGCUCAAUUUGAAUCAAACUUAGGAUAA